UAACUUCCUAAUAAGGUCCACCAAAUUGUAUAGUAUGUGGACAUUCAAGAUGGCGCGUCAAAAUUUUUUGAGAAGGAGUGUGCGAAGACCAUAUAAAAAAAAUAAAACAAAAGUACUAAUUGAAAUGUAAAGUUAAAACUGUCAAAGUGGAGGUACCCUUUACUCUUUUAGAAAUGCGCAUGUCUGACCUAUUGGUUAGCAUGUAAACUGGAAAAGGAAAGUCCAACGGUUUCACUGGAAUGCAGUAUGUUGGUUUCGUCAGUCAUUUUAACUCGAGCACGUUUUCAGCAGAAAAAGGUCAGAACAUGUUUUCAUUGUCAUUGGUUAUCUACGGCUGCAGCUUAAAAAAUUAAAUAAAGUACCAUAAAAAUACUUAAUUUUUAAAAGAGUUUGACGGCGAAAAAAUCAAUACAUAACAUACAGUAGUAGUAGUCUUUGCAUAACCAAACAAGAAAAAAUUUAACUAUAAAAUAGUUACUAGUAGUAUUAUGACAAAAUGUCUAUAUCGCCAUCGCAUUGUUAUGGGCUGAAAGCUAACAACGCAGGUAAGACAGGAAAAGCCAACAAAAACACCUGCGGUCCUGAGUCUUUAUCUAGGAUUCUCCUACCAGAGCAUGAGGACACGUUAGAGUACUUCAUAAAGUUCCCCAAGACUACCUUUGAAAACGAAUUUGUACUUAAAAACACUAAUGACAGAAAGGACAACGUGCCUAUCGUAAUUCUGCUAGGAUGGGCAGGCUGCCAGGAUCGAUACCUGAUGAAAUACUCGAAAAUUUAUGAGGAAAGGGGUCUUAUUACUGUCCGGUACACGGCUCCGGUAGAAACUUUGUUUUGGAAGCGAUCUGAAAUGGUCCUUAUCGGCGAGAAAAUCCUGAAAUUGAUUCAGGAUAUGAAUUUUGAUACACACCCCCUGAUAUUUCACAUAUUUUCUAAUGGCGGAGCUUUUUUGUACCAACACAUUAACCUAGCUGUAAUCAAGCACAAGUCUCGACUGCAAGUUCGUGGUGUCAUAUUUGACUCUGCUCCUGGGAAGCGAAGGAUGCUUGGCCUUUACCGUGCAAUCACAGCCAUUUAUCGAAGGGGAAAGCCUUGCAACUGCUUGACAGCAUUUGUCAUAACCAUCACCCUCGGUAUAAUGUGGUUUGUAGAGGAAUCAAUUUCUGCCUUUAGAUGUCUAUUCGUGCAAUCAACACCGUUACGCUCGAGCCCAUUUUGCGAGCUGAAAAACGAAGUUAAUAAGUACCCACAGCUCUUCCUAUACUCCAAAGGUGACGUCGUUAUCCCCUACCAAGAUGUGGAAAAGUUUAUUCGACUUCGGCGCGAUCAGGGUAUCAAGGUAUCUUCUUUAUGCUUCGAAGAUGCCGAACACGUUAAGAUCUACACCAAGUAUCCCAAACAGUACAUCCAGAGUGUGUGUAAUUUUAUAAGAAACUGUAUCGGAGUACCUGCUUUUACGGUUGCUCCUAACUGUGAACCCUCAGAAAAUAAAUAUUGGUUAAACCGGAAGUACGAUUAGCACAAAAGAGCACAACCAUAACUAAGUAGCUAUCGAAAUCCUAAAUGCAAAUAUUUUUGCGAAUUAUGUUUUCUCAAAAUAUACACGCCGUCUCCUCCGCCUGCGUUUCUAAACAAAGUAUUGUCCAUAUUUAAAAACGAAAAUUUUAAUCGUUAUUUUCUGCCAAUCGGCAUUUUUUUGUAACAAAUGUUAUGAAGUUAUAUAGGUUAUACUUGCUGAGACCUGAAAACUUUGUAGUGGGACAUCCUUUCGCCAUAAAUUAAUAAAACAGUUAAUAUUAAGGAUAAAAACAAAGUAGAAACACUUAUGGAAGUUAAUUUUGUCUGAACGGUAGGCAAACAUAAUUUUUGAGUAUAUUUAAUAUUUUUUAAAAUUUUGUUUUUGUAGUUAUAAAUACAUUUAACAAAAAUAAAGCAUCCCCAAAAAAGUGAAAAUUUUGGAAAAAAUUAGUGACUGUUGAUAUUGCAAACCGACAAGUGUAUCAUUUUAAUGUUACCAUCAAAACGAGCUAACCAAGCAAUAUAUAGACAAAACCUACGUAAAAUAGAUUUUAUAUUGAUUUUUAAAUAUUCAGUACUAGGUAGCGGCUUUACGCCCCUUUCAUAUUAUUUAUUUAGACAGUAUUUUUAAAUUUGUUUUGGUUUUUGGAUAUGUCGAUCAAAUCUAUUUAACAUAUAACAAUUUAAAUUAUGAUAAUCAUAAAUGUGGUACUUACAUCUUACCUACAUAAGGAUGGUACAAAAAAAGGGUAUUGGCAAAUCUAUUACAUUUGGCUUUUAAAGUAGUUUUUAACGUAAAGGCUAGUACUUGGAUCGGAUUUCGGAUAUUCCAUGUAGUGUGACCAAAGAUUUCACAGUUUACCGUCAAUGUCUAGCAUUGUCCUACUAAAAAUUGGACUAAUUAGAAAAAAGUAAUCUGCUGGUGCAAAAAAAUAACAAAAUAAAAGGAAAAUUUUGUAAAUUAUGUUGAUAAAAAAUGUUAAGCCUUCUUCUCCGUGCAAUGCAGCUCCGAUUCCUUAAGUAGCUGGCGGCGGUGAACACCAGUGGAGAACUCAUAGAUCUCCAACUACUGUGUAGCCUGUUCGAUCCUUCCUAUGGCACAUUUAUGAUAUAGUCGUCCAAUUUUUAUAAAAUUAAAUUCAACAUUCAGAACUAAUUUAAAAAUGAUAUUUCCAAGCGUAGAAGAUUAUAUGUUAAAAAACACCAAAAAUAUAAUUUUCUUUAUAUUAUUUUCUCACUAAUUUUCCGAUCGUUCUUAUAAUAGCUAUAUGAUAUAGUCGUCCGCUUUCGAUAAAAUUUAAUUUAAUUCAAUUUAAUUAACACCAAAGAUAUAGUUUUUUUUUUAAAUUUUUUUCCCGACUGUUCCUAUGGGAGCUAAAAGAUAUAGUUGUCCGAUCCGGCUGGUUUCGACUUAUAUACUAUCUGCAAUAGAAAGAAGACAAAAGCCAAAUCCUCAAACAAAAACAAACAUACCACUAACAGCGACAACGAAUCGCUUUAAAAGCCACAGAUCUCCACUACUUUAACGUUCAACCUUAGAACUUCUUACACUACCAGAAUGCCACUAAUUUUAAUUCAAUGGAACAUUCAAGGAUAUACAAAUAACUAUUAUAAUCUCCUUAUACUGAUUAAAAAAUACUCUCCGCAUGUCAUUACACUUCAAGAAACACACAUACAAUACACUAACAAUAUACCAACUCCAAUAAAUUUCACACUACUAACAAACAUAGCCACCAAUAGAUUUGGCGGCAUAGCGCUAUUAGUACACAAGUCAAUUCAAUAUUCCAUAGUAAACAUUCCAAACGAACCCAGCAAUACACAUAAAAUCCAAGAAGAGCAUGCGCAUGAAGACAACAUACAUUUCCCCAAGCAGAACCGUCACAAACCAAAUGCUUAAAGGCACUUUGUACAAUAACCAAACACCAUCACUAAUUCUAAGAGACUUUAACGGAUGGCACCCUGCCUGGGGUUCCCCGAAAACUAAUUCUCAAGGAAAAACAAUAAAACUAUUUAUUGACAACACACAGCUUAUCUUACUAAAUGACAAAUUUCCUCACACAUUUCUGAACACACAACACAUACAUGCAUAUCGACCUUUCAGUUUGCUCACCAACACUUGCCCCACACGCCAAGUGGGAAAUACUUAAUGAUCUCCACGCCAGCGACCAUUUCCCUAUAGUUAUCUCUCUAUUCCCUCCAAACACGAUAAACAAAUAACCAUUUGUUAUAUUAAAAAAAGCCAAUUGGGAGCAAUUCGAGACUCUCACACACAAAAAUAACGAAAUAUUCCCCAAUUCACUAUACGUCAACAAAGAAGCCGCACAACUUAACAAAAUUAUAUUACAUAGCGCAAACAUUUCCAUCCCACAAACCUUAGUAAAUACAAAGCCCUUCAAGGUUCCCUGGUGGAACAAAAAACUAGCACAGUUAAAACAAGAAAAACAAUUAGCUUAGCACUUAAUCGCAAAAUCAACCUUACAAAUAUUAUAAACUACAAACGCUUAAGCCAAGUAUAAGUUCGAAAUUAAGAAAAGAAAAAGCGAAGCUUUCAGCUCUUUUACAUCCACCAUACAACCAAAACCUCCUUCAUCUAAAAUAUGGAGCAACAUAUGGAGCUUCUGCGGUCUUAACCCACGCAAACAAAUUCACGCCAUACUUAAUCCCAAAAACAACACAACAAUAACAGAUACUCUCAAAAUAGCCAACAACAGCCAAAACUAUCGAGGAAAACAUAACUCACCUUGAAUUAAUGUCAGCACUACAAACACUUAAAGGAUCCACUCCAGGAUUAAACAGAAUUUCUUACGAAAUGCAACAGCUCCCUUACCACAAAAUACAGAAUAAAAAACCUCUUUAACCAAAUUUUCGACAGCCACAUACCUCAAGCCUACAAAAUAAGCUUAGUCAUACCGAUACUUAACCAAAAAGCUGACAAAACAAACAUCUCUUCGUACAGACCCAUUUCCCUCAACUGCUGUCUAGCAAAAACACUAGACAAAAUCAUAGCAAAAAGACUAUAGUGGUUUGUGACCCACAACAAACUUUUAAAUACAAACCAAUUCGUCUUUAAAAAAAGCAAAUCGACUUCGGAUAGUCUCCUAUACGUAGACCAUCUCAUAACGAAGUCGAAGAGGCACACCUCCCUCGUCACUGUUGACUUUUCAAGAGCCUUUGAUCGAGUAUGUGUUCACACUAUAAUUGAUCAACUAAUUGUCAGAUGCCGCACAUGUCAAAUUCACUCCCAUUAUCCCACAAGGAUCACCUAUAUCGGUAAUCCUAUUUCUCAUUGCAUACAAUAAACUCUCAAACAUAAUAUCUUUAUACAGAGAAAUUAAAUUUAAGGCAUAACCGAUGACUUUUUCCUCAUAAUAAAUUUCAGAAACAACAAAAACCUUAAUUUAAACCUAGGCAUAUCUAUCCUUAGCUAAAUGCCAACACCUCCAUAUUUGAAAAACACAAUUGCAGUCGCACCAUAAGCUGUAGCAAUACACCAAUACAGCAAGUAACAGCACUCAAAAUCUUAGGGAUAAUCAUAAACAGUAAAUACAAAUGGGCCACACACAUAAAAUUAAUUUUUCCAUCACUACACCAAAAAUUGAAUAUCAUAAAAUGCCUUUCCAACCUCAAAUUCAAUUGUAACACACAAUCACAGAAAAUCAAAAAAGAACCCAUCAACUAUAGAUCGCAUAAUAAACCUUUAUCAAGCACUAAACCUACCCUACGAGACAGUUAAACUACACAAAUACCAGCCACCUUGGGAUCUCCCAAACCUCAUAGACACAACAUUUAGAGCGCACAAGAAAUAAACCACACCACCAGAUACAUACAGGAAACUAUACGAACAUACCAAAGACAGCCAUAAGACACACAAAUUCAUAUUUACGGACGGAUCAAAAAUAAACUCCACUAUAUCAUAUGCAAUCAGAUACUUGUAUUAUUAAAUAUGGUAUCCUACCCCCACACUCAUCAGUACUCUCCGCAAAAAUAAUAGCCUUAUUAGUAGCGAUCGACCAACUCAAAAGCACAAGGGAAAGUUCAUGAUCAGCUCUGACGCUCUCUCAGCAAUCGACGCCAUAAGAAACACAAACAACAACAAUUUUUACUCCAACAAAAUCAGAUCACUUUUUACAAAACUAGCCCCAAAAAUUAAAAUAUUGUGGAUCCCUGGUCAUGUAGGCAUAGCAGGCAACAAGCUAGCCGACCAAACAGCAAAAUCAACAUGCAAUAUGCCCCUUAUUUAUACCCCAAACAUUAAUUUAACAGACAUAAUCAGACACUUAAAACUAGAAUUCCUAACUAGAAAUAAACUACUCUGAAAUUAAUGGUACAAAAACAUUAACAAAGACUAUUCAAACAUCGACAAUUAUUGCAUAUCCUUCCAUCCCAAAUCGAUCAAAUUAAAAUAACGCGCCUUAGACUAGGCCACACAAAACUUACACACGAGCACUACUUAAAUCAAAACCAAACCUCACCCUGCCCCUUCUGCCAAGGCGACAAUACCAUACCCAAUAUUAAAUAAAUAAAUAAAUAAUAUUUUUUAA